AAAAAUAGCCACCGCAUUCAUGCCUUCCCACAACCCGCAAUCGACCGUUCCGUUUCGUUCCAGCCAACCGUGCAGGGCAGCGCAGCUACCAUCAAAGCAACACGUGGUCGUGACCGCGCGCGCGCGCGUCUUCACGCGAUGACUCCUAGGCAACAACCUUGCCUACUUGGGUUUGUUUAUCCAGUUAACAACCUUGUCCAAAUUUUCACCGUACACCGCACAGAAAAACCUAAAAUCCAACCGUGUCGCAAAACCCGGAAGUGACCCCCCAGGAUGGCCCAACCGUACGUGAUCCGGGUGAUGGAGGAGAUGGGAUGGGGCGCGGACGGUGGCUUCAUCCCGAUCGCCAACGAAGCCAACCGGAAGCUGCUCGAGUACGUGAACAAGCUGGCGGAACGGAAGGGCAGCGUGGCGGGCCGGGUUCAGGCCAGCGAUACGCGGUUCGGGAACCUGCAGGUGCACCUGAAGAGUGCCCAGCUGGAGUUCGAUCAGAACCUGAAGCUGCUGGCGGAGGACAAGUGCCAGAUCGAUGCCGAGCACGGGCGGCUGAAGCUGACCGAGAACGAGGGAGGGAGGAUGCGGAAGAUGGCGCGGGAGGUGCAGUACGAGCGCGGGGACCUGGAGCAGCACGACCAGCGGGCGCAGAAGGACAUGAAGAAGCUGGCCUCGAACAUGGAGCGCUUCACCGAACGCAUCAAGUGGGCCAAAGCGGCCCUGGUCGAGUGGAAACAGGUCAUGGGAAACGGCGAAGAGACGAACAAGCUGAUCGAGAAGUACUGCAAGCUGGACGCCGGUAAGGCCGAAUCGCUGGAGGCAAAGCGCAAGAUACUCGAGGACAAGGUGUCGAAGCGUCGCACCACGCUGGUGGCGCUGGCCGAAGAGUACCGUUCGCUGGAGCAGGUGCUGGAGCGCACGUCGCAGCUGUACAGACAGGCGCACACGGAACGGCGGCAUCUGGUGCUGACGUGGAAGGAAGCGGUCAAGCACAUGAACCAGAGGGAGGAGGAUAUAAAGGAGGUUGAGGGUGAAAUUGAGCGUGCGAGGGAGUUUAGCGAUUUGCUGGGUGAGGAUUUGAAGGCGCAGGAUGAGUUCUUGGAGGAACAGCAGAGGAACAAUAGGGAGAUUGAGUUGGGGAUUGCUGAGUUGAAUGUGGAGGUUUCUAAGUUGAGGAAUCGUUUGAGUGCGUUGACGGAUAAUGUGCAGCUGAAGACUAAUGAGUAUCAGAUAACGCGUAAGGCGGUGCAGAAUGUGUCGAAUAAGCUGACGAGCAUGCGUAACAAGAAUCGGCAGGCGUUGAUGGAGGAAGCGGAGAAGGAACGACAGAUUCAUACGAAUCUGAGUCAGCUGGAGGAGUUGAGGGAAAAGUUUGAAAAUUUUAGAAGUAAGACGUUGUGCGCGCAGGAGCGUUUGCGGCAGCUGAACGAGAUUGUUGAGCAGGAAGAGCGUCAGAUGAAGGUGCUGAGCGAUGAGACGGCUCGACUGUCGACGGCGCUGUAUCGUGCUCAGUCGCAGCUUGUGGCGAUGAAGGACGAGGAGAAGCUGCUGCGAAUCGAGGUUCUAUCGACGGAGUCUGGCAUCGGGAAGAUCAAGGCGGCGAUGAAAAUUCAGGAGCGGGAGAUAAUUCGCCAGACGGAGAUUUCGUACAACGUGGAUUACAACAUUGAGAAGCUGGAGGAACGGAUUGCAAACAUGAGAGGGGAGAACAAGCAAGAAGGAGCGAAUCGUGCGCACGCGAAGCUGGUCCAAGCGGAAGCGAUCUACCUGGCGAGGAAGCAGAACUACUCGCUGCUACAGGCGCAGAUUGCCAAGGUUCAGAUCAAUUUUCGUAAUUUGAACUCGAUUUAUCAGCAAGAUUACGCGGAGAUUGAGCGGAUGGUUGGGAAGCUGAAGGAGAAGACACUGAUUGUGGAGGGUGGCGAGAAGAAGCUGCGGCAGUGCACUACCGAGAAUCAGGAACGGUUGGUUGAGAGGAGCUUGCUGAAGAUGCGGAUCAAGCAGAUGGAAUCGCGUGUGGAUAAGCAGAACGACAAGAUGUACACGUUGGAGCGGCACCGGAUGGAGCUGGAGACGGCCAUUACGGAACGGUUGAUUGAUAUCAACUCGCAGAAGGAUAUGCUACUGUUGAAGAAGAAAUACCUGCAAGAUGAGCGAGCGACGCUUAAGGCGGACAUAAGCGAGAGAGCGCUGAAGAUUGAGCAGUUGAAGAACCGCUACGAUCUGUCGCUGGACCUGUUGGGCAAGAACGACGACGGGACGAUUGUGACGGCAACGCAGAUCAAAAUUCAGAAUGCCCAGGAGAAGUACAUAUUGCUUCGAGAGGGCAGCGAACUGAACGUAAAGAUCCUCAAAGCGGAGGAAGAUUUGAAGGCGCUGGAGAACACGUUGAAGGUUAUGAACUUUUCCAAUGAGAGCUAUAAGCGCGGGUUUCAGAAGGUGGACGAAGACAAUCCGGACAUUCAGCAGUUGAAUCAAAUCCAGAACGAUUACUGUAAGGCGGUGACCGCUCUGAAGAGCGUUCGUACGGAUUUGGCUUUCAACACUGAGAACCUGCACAACUUGAACGAAGAGCGGGAGGAAAGCGACAAAGGACUGGAAGCAGCGCAAAAGAAUCGCCUCGAUAGCAACGACAUCUUGCUCAAGAUCCAGAAAGAACUGCUCGACCAAAAGACGAAAAUCCAACGCGCCGAGCGAGAACUUCGCCUAGCGAUCAAAGCCGCCAAAGCCAAAACCAACGACGAAGAACUGCUGCUCACGUUCCAGAAGGAUCUGAACCUGAAAGAACUCGAGGAGCGCAACAGCAUGGCGAUGCAUCAGAUCGCCGACCUGGUCGAUUUUGCCCCAGACCUGAACCCAACAGUCAGCAAGUACUUUUACGACAAGGGACUCCGCCUGCCGGUGAUUCGUCGCACCAAGAGUCAGAUCUCGUGGCGCAGCGAAAACUCGCCCGGCUCGGACCUGAGCGGACGCGGCGACACGGCGUCGUCCAAACCGAUGUCCAAAAUGUCGGCCUGCUCGACGUCGACGCGCUCGUCCGAUUCCGACAUUGCCAAAUCGUUCGACAACCGGAUGAGUGCGGGUCUGUCGGUGAUUCUGAUUGACUUUCCCGGGGCCAGCAGCAAGAAAACGCAGGGCACGAUGAAGAAGUAGAAAAAGGCGGGCGGUUCUUUCAAAUUCUGAGCGUGCGAAAGAGGGCACAGCACACGUACUCGAUUGACGAUCAUCAUCAAGUUUUAUUUUUUCCUGGCGUGUUUAUAUAUAUAAUAUUGGUUGGUUUUGUCUGUUUUUCAUCGUCCAAUUUUAGUAAUAGUAAAAACUUGCGUGUGUUUGUGUGUAAUAUCAUCAAUUUUUAUAGUCGUUUGAUAAAUCUUACCAGCGCGAGACACCAAGAAACAGAAAGAAACAAAAAAAUAUAUAUAUUGAACAUUUACAGAUUCUUGCUCGGAGUGAACUUUGCCGUUUUCGAUUGUUUCAUGUUUAGUUUUGCGAUUUGUCCAAUCAAUGUAACAAUGGUUUGCCCAUGUGCACUAGAUGCCACUACGAUAGCUCGCGCGUCUUUUAUCUUCAGAAAAAUAAAUCACUGCAGCAGUUUUGUGACUGUGU